ACUUGAGGUUACGAUAACGAUUCGCGAUAUUUAUUAUCGCGAAGCCACAGAGAAGAUGCCGAAGCAGUGUUGGCUAAGACGGAUGAAAUCAUCAGGGAUAGAAAGCCUUAUCUAUGCACUGUUUGCAUUCAUCUUCGUUACUGCCAGGUCACGGCUUUUCAGAGAUGGUGUACAGUUGUAUAACAACUCUAAAAAUUCUUGCUCGGAAAAUUUUUGUGUGAGUGAAGCUUGCCUCGUCGAAGAUAUGGAAAGGAACGUAGAGAAAUGGAUGGUGAUCGUGAGCCGUGAGAGACUUCAAUACGAAAUCUUCCGAGAGGUAGAAUCCCUACAUGACUGGCAUGUGAUUAUAGUAUCUUAUAACAAUCCUGGAGCAAAUCCCACAGACGUAUAUUGGUUCAACACUGCAGACUACAAUGAUACAAACUCAGCAAGAAAUGCUGCUUAUAUAUAUGCGAUCAACAAGGGUGCCAAAUACAUCUACGAUUUAGAAGACAGGGUCAUUUUAGGAGAAGAGAGUCUGAAGUCGUUCGAAUAUGACGAGAUAUCAAGUGGACUGUGGUAUUACGUCCCAUCGUCAUCUACUACUGAGCAAAAAAUCUUCAACCCCAACAUAUAUUUUGGUAUUCCGCUGAUACACAGCAAAACGUCGACGGCUUAUUUGAAGAGUCAAACAUACGGGAACUAUUUGCGUUUGUGCCACAAAAUAAACACACCAGCAGUGCAAUUUGCAGUAAUCCACGAACGGCUUCAUGUAAAGUCCAGUAACGGUAAAUUGGAAAUGGAUCCUAGCAGCUUUGCUCCACACGUGGGUUUAGCUACAGGAGUUUACACAUCUUGGCAUAUCUCUAACACUCUCUUCCAUUACAACUCAUUUUUCAUAUUGUUCGCGCCGUCAUCUACAAAAUCCAGAGCUGACGUAGUGUUAUGGUCGUAUUUUAUCCAAAAGAUGUUGCAUCUGACUGGUGCGACUAUUGGUUUCUAUCCACAGAUUGCAACGCUACUGUCGGACAAUAGUACUAAAAAGGCCCAAAUUUGGAACACGUCUCCAUCUGCAAACAAAAUGGUAGAAUUUUUGGAGAGCUGGAAUUGUAGUGAAAGUUCUUCAAAUUUGUGCAUAGAUAUGCAGCUCUGGAAAGAGGUAGACGUUGAGGCCCUCAAACUUUGGUUGGCAGAACUCCGCAAGCUUGCGUAUAAGUUCCCACCACUAACAAAAAGAAAUGAAUGUUCUUUUAACUUUGAUGAAAACGUUAGAGAGCAAAAUUGCCGACCUUCAUAUAUCGACUUUUCUACUUCAAACACUAAGUUUGUUCCGAUGAGGAAUUUGCAGUUGGCAACACAAAGGAUCAAGAUAUUUGAGUCGUUAAAAAGUUGGUGUAAAGAAGCAGACUACUUACCAAGCGUUCAAUUAUCGCCUUCGCCAUCCGUUAUAGCGCUUAGCCAUAGCAACAACGCUGCUCUACUGACCAUCUCCAAUACAGUGUUAGUGAUAAUCAACAACUAUCAACGUAGAUCUGGGGUGGGGCUCCUCCAGAGGUUGUAUCAGCCUUAUUUUGCACUAACACUCUUCUGCGGCACGUGGCACUCAGACGAAUACCAUGAUGAUGGUCAGUUUCCGGAAAUGAUGUUUCCUUUCAAUUACAUCCAUGUAUCUCCCGUAGAAAUUUCACGAGGAGUUUUUUCGUAUUACUGCUUGGCCAAAGUCAGAGACCUCAAACUCCGGAAUGUGCGAGGGUACUUCAUUAUCGCUGACGAUGCCAUUUUCCACUUUUGGCAUAAACUCGACCUAGAAGAGAUUCUUUAUCCAAUUUGGGUCAUAGAAAAACGGUAUCCCUCUGCUUGGUGGAUGACCAAAUAUGGUUUCAAAGCCGCACAACGUACCAAAUCUUUGUUUACAAGAAAGUAUCGAGAAGACGCCCGAGUAAGGCAUUUGUGGAAGUGUUACGAAGAAGGGCUUCUGGCAGAAGGUCAUGCGGAAGACGCUGCUUCACAUGUUGGGAACGAUAAUGGUUGGACACUGAGUGACUUCUUCUAUGUUCCCCAGAAAAGGAUUGACUAUUUAGCGGAAGCGCUGGAAAUUUUUUACGAAGCUGAUUUAUUUGUUGAGCUAACUAUGCAGAAGUUGCUGCACACUGUACCACAUAACAGGAUGUCGCCCAGUACAUUCGCGUACGUCCCAUUGUUCGAACGUGCCCACUGGCAAAAAUACUAUCGAUCGGAUCUUGUGAUGAUACACCCGUUGAAAUUGAAUUACUUUGCUGAUCUCGACAAUAGAACAAGAUUCUGUGAAACCGUGGUUCAGUCCUACGGGAGUGCCUUAUUUGGGCUGUAGAUAAUGAAGUUCAGUAGCUAGACGUUGUGAUACUUACGAUCUCAUUCAAAUCGUCCCUAGCCAUGUCAUCACGAUAGCUAAGUUGACAACGAGCAGCCAAUCUGCAACUAUGUUUUUGUUGUUGCCUUUCCCAUUGUAAAACCUUGGCACAAUCAUACUUUGUCGCUGGAC